GUGAGGCGAUGCGGCUGCGCGGCCGCAGCGGCUCCCGCAGCGCCGGGGCCGGGCAAGGGGUGGGAGGGAACGGGCCGGGAGAGGAGCGGGGCAGCAGGCGAGAGGUGCAGGAUGUCGGCGACCCUUUACCUGCUCUCUACGCUGGGUGGAUACGUCCUGACUUCAGCUCUUCUCCUCAAGUGUCCGGGGCUGCUCCACCGGCCCAAGCGGCAGCGCUUCCGCUGCCGGCACAUCUCCCACCGCGGCGGUGCUGGAGAGAACCUGGAGAACACGAUGGCAGCCUUUCACCAUGCAGUGAAUAUAGGGACAGACAUGCUGGAGCUGGAUUGUCACCUGACGAAAGACGAGCAAGUGGUUGUGUCCCACGAUGAGAACCUGAAGAGAUCAACAGGAGUUGAUGUCAACAUAUCUGACCUCAAAUACUCCGAACUUCCACCAUAUCUCUGCAAGCUGGAGGUCACAUUUCAGAAAGAAUCUCAGAGUGAGGGGAAAGACAACCGGAUUCCGCUCCUGAAAGAGGUGUUUGAGGCCUUCCCGCAAACCCCCGUCAACAUUGACAUCAAAGUGAACAACAACGUGUUGAUCAAAAAGGUUUCAGAGCUGGUGAGUCAGUAUAAGCGAGAGCAUUUGACGGUGUGGGGGAAUGCCAGCUACGAGGUGGUAUCAAAGUGUUUCAAGGAGAACGCUGACAUUCCCAUCAUCUUCUGCGUGCAACGUGUCCUCCUGCUUCUUGGCCUGUUCUACACAGGUCUGCUGCCCUUCGUUCCUUUCAAGGAAGAGUUCUUGGAAAUCCCCAUGCCUUCAAUCAUCCUCAAGCUGAAAGAACCACAGAAGAUGACAAGAAGCCAGAAAUUUAUAAUCUGGCUAGCUGACACAUUGCUAAUGCGAAAAGCACUUUUUGACCACCUCACUGCUCGGGGCAUUCAGGUGUAUAUUUGGGUACUGAAUGAAGAACAAGAAUACAAGAGGGCGUUUGAUCUGGGAGCAACUGGAGUGAUGACAGACUAUCCAACUAAGCUUAAGGAGUUUUUACACAAUUAUCCAGCAUAAAGGAAGAAAACAAAGGAAGUUCUCACAGAAUAGAUUGUGAGCCAAGGAUUUUCUUCGUUAAAAAAAAAAAAGAGCAGCAUACGCAGAUCAUUUUGUUUGAAAGAUGUAAUUGGAUGAUCUAUUGUUGUCAAGUUGCUACCUAAUGUAAAGGUUGUCUAUUUAUUUUAUAACUUUAAUUACAUAGUUUACAUAUGUAAAUAGGUCGUUUAGCAGCGGCACACUUCACAAAUAGUGAAGACUAGGAUGGACGUUGCAGGCUAGGGUACCUGUAGAUACUCAGCAUUAUUUUACCAGUCACAAGUGUAUCUAAGCAGAUGUUAAGACAAGUCAGUUAUUCCAGUUAUAUUGUAGUGGGCAGAAGCUAAAUAACUUCUGGAAGUGUGCCCUGUGUGUACGCACUUCUUGUGUUGCUUUUAGUUUUCGGACAGGUUGUAGGGCAAAAAAGCAAAACAACACACAGGAGUAGUAGAAACCAGAAUCUGGCUAGCCAGGUACUUCUGGGAAGUGUAGGCAGUAAAGGUGAUCACUUUUUAACCAAAAUUAACUAAUUUGGUCAGUAGAGAUUUACUCUGUUAUUCUUACUGAUAAGAAUGUUGAGCUUGAGUUACAACCCUAUUUAGACCCCUUUCUGAUGUGAUGGAAAUACUGCCACUUGUUGGUCAAGGUCUAAAUAGUGUAUUUAAGCCAGGUUUUGGGGUUGCCGCUGAGUUCCACUGCACAGGUCUGGAUUUGCCCCUGGCUCUGACCUGCCUGUCAGGCUUCCAGAAGGGAAGAUUGCACUUAUUAUAGAUCACACUUACUUUGAAAUAGUUUCUUCACAAAGGAAGCCAGUGUUCUAGAAGUCUUUUACACAUUUGUAGCUCUGACAUCUGCCAGCUUGAUGAAUGAGAAGUUGGUUUUAGGGUGAGGGACCAAGGAAGACUAAGUUUGGUCUAGUUUUGUUCCUAUUAAACAGAUUCACUCAAAAGCAGAUUUAUAUGCACGUAUAAAAAGAUCAAGUGUCAGUCUAUAAUGUGUGUAAAUUUUAGGCUUUUUCUCUCCACAAAAGUACAUUAAAUAGUCAUUAAGUUUAUAGACAUGGAAGUAACUUUACUGGCAAAAGCCAGGAAACCCCAGGUAUGGUGGAAUGGGGUUAGAUGGGAAGGUAUUUCUAGAAGCUUCUGUGCUGUUCUGUCAUCAUGAACAGGUGUUGUGUGUGUGUCAAACAGAUUUGAGCCUGCGAGGCCGGUGUGUUUUGGUGUUGUCAGGAUGGCAGACGUUUUCAGAAGGAAUUUAACUAGUGUAGCUUAAUUACACAUGGUGACAUGUAUACAGCUCAGUCAUUUAAUCAUCAGAUACUGCUGGAACAAAACUUGUUUAGUGAUAGUAUCUACUUUUUUAAGGAGCUUUAUGAGAAAAUUAUGGAUCUUAAUAAUGAAUAUAGUACCCAGAUGCAAGAGGAUAUUUACUGCAAGGUAUACUCAGUGCUGUAGAAGCUUUUAAAGUAGGUUUUUUCCCUUGCCAGCUCAGAUUUGGAAGGGCUUGUUUCCCUCCUCUGGCUGCUGUGCUGUACUUGGAAUCCUGGAGCAUCUUUGCUGUUUCACGAUGUCCAUCAGUGUUAGGACAUCCAGUCCAUCUGGAUGGAUAAUGUUUGUUUCUGCAUUAUAAUUCCUUCCCGAGGAACAUUUCUACAUGGAUGAAGUAGAAGAAACUACUUCAUUUAAUGAUUAAAGUGGAUAUGUGAUGAUGGUGGCAAAUGAGUUAAUGGUGUCCUAAAUAUUUGCCUGGUUAAGAUGGCUGUAGAUUCAAUUUCCUCUUCAUUUCAUCAGGCUUGCUGUUCAUUGAAUGGAAGAGAGGAAAAUGUAACUUCCUAACUGUUCAUAGGAAAAGGAAUGGAAUUAUUUCUUGUGUACUGAGCUUCUUGUUUCACCUUCAGACCAGUUAUGUCUGCUCAGAUAACUGCUAAUAAUCAUAGUCAUAGUUCUGCCUGCUUUGCAGUAGUCACAGAAUAGUUAUCGAAUGGGCUCAUAAUUUGGUUGACGAGGCAGUGUGUAGCUCCAGGGAGCUUUUAGGCAGAGUGGCUUCCUUCAACUCAAUUUUAUUGCUAUCACGUUUCCAACAUGCCCUCCUUUGUUAAGAUGCAAAUACCAUCAUGGUUUUAGAGAACACUCACCUGUUAUAGCUUUAUUUUGGGUAGGAAAAGCUAAGUUUUAAAAUACUGGUCUUUAUUUCUGGACUUGAUCUCUCAAGGGACAGGUGAUGACUUAGUUUCUCUCUCAGGUUUCCCUUAUCACUGCAUAAAUGAUUCUGCUUUAUUCUUAUAUUGAAUGACAAAACACAGUUAUAGAAAGUACAAACUUCAUUUUAAUGUUGUUUUAAAUCUUUUUCCUCUUUAGCAGUGGUGUUGGAAACUUCUCCCUUCAAAGAUGCUCAACGUGUUUUUUAACCACUAGUCUUCCAACAUCUGAUGUAGCUUUUGACUGUGCUAUUUAUAUGUGACCUCUCUUUGAUAAGUCUGCUACUUAAUAUCUGAAAUUGGAAUGAGUCAAGUUACAUGGGAGGGAGGGGUUCGGUGCCAGAAAAGCUGCUGAAUUGAUUCAGUCACGGAUUUGGGCUUUAGUACAAGAGCCAAAGCCUCUUGAGACAGAUCACGUUGCAUGGAUGAGGCCGUGAUCCGAGCACCAAUGCACAGGGCGUAGGCCAUGAUAACUGUUUGUAACAGAAUAAUAUGGAAUUGAGGUAACUGUAGAAUGUUUGUUCUAUCAAAUCAUUGUUUUGAAUAUUCCAGAACUUGCUGUGUGAUUUUUAAACCACUUGUACAAAAAAAGCAUUUGUUGAGAACUUGCACAGCUGUCCAGGAGGAUGUUCAGUUAAUCUCUCUCCAAGGAGAGAUUAUUUUCAGGUACUUUUAACUCUGUAUAUUGUUUAACACUUACUGUGUUCUCAAUCCUGUUGCAAAAUAUUUUAUGUAUGGAGGAUGAUGCAUGUAUUCCAUGCGCUUUUAAUUUGCAGAAAGUCUUGUGGACCUCUCUGGCUCCAAAUCUACAAGGUGAUUUUUUUUUCUUGUAAAGAAAGAUUCACGCUCUUGAAAUGUGACACAUUAAAACAUCUUUGCUCAUAAAA